UUCUUUUUCUUUUUCUUUUUCUUUUUCAAAUAAUGAAAGAGUUGUGUUGCAGCCUCCCCAAGGAUAUUUUCAUGCCAGGGCCACAGAAGAUGUAUCAUGUACUUAAGGACAUUUCUAGGCUCUUUGCCCACUGAGAUAAUGUUGGUACCCACCUAGGUUCAAUACACAUCCAUACUGUCUGUCUGGGAUGCUCAAGGAAACCGACUGUGUCAUCUGGGUCCAGGUUUCCUCUGGAGAGGAACUGUCUGGUUUGCUCCAGAAGGAAACCUGGAAGCAAAUUUGUUUGCCUGCCUUAUGAAUGAAUCUGGCACCAAGGACCUGAAAUGUAUCAGGGAACAAACCAAACAGACCAGUGAGACAUAUUUAUCCUGCAUUUUUGAAAGAAUGGGAAAUGGUCUAGGCUUAAUUUAGUCAUAUGAUCCUGUCUACUUUCCCUCAUGAAAAACAUCUCUUGCAUAUGUUUCAUUAUUACAUGAAAUAAAAUUACGUAGUUUUGUAAUAGUGUGCUUCCUAUUCAGAGUUCUCUGGCUGAAUUAACUGAAAGCAUUUACAUGUCACCAAGCACUGCUAAAAAUGAGGCUACCAGAACUAGGAGAAUGUGAGUAGUGGAAGUCAUCAUUGAACUGAAUUAGUAGGCAAAGUCCCAAAAUAGGAUAGUCAGAAACACCAAAAGUGAGGCAGGAAAAGCUGGGGGAAGAAGGAAGCAUCAGGGAGUUAAGAGAUUAAGCAAGUAUGGAUUAGAGAAAUCGGUAGGGGCUUUUCAUUGGUCUCUGUUGGAGUGACUGAGAGUACUUCUGCAGUGUACAGAGCCAUCCAUUUUGUUGUUUGCAAGGUUUGGCCUGCCCACAGACACAUGUAUAAAAAAGUCCUGAUUGAGUUGCCUAUAUAUAUAACCUAUCCUUGAGGCAGGCAAGUUCAGGGCUUUCAAGGAAGCACCCUAGGUUGGCGUAUCUGCUUGACAUCCGCUGCAACAUUGCUGAAACAUACUUUUGCAGAAAACAAUGAUGGCAGGAUUGGAGGUAGUGUGCUAUGCCCAGCUCCAGUGCAAUAAUUGGGGCGUUGAGUUGGAGCUGCAGGACAGUGAAUUCUCUUCUGCUGUGGCUCGAAACCUCAAGACAGAGACUGAGUUUAUGAGGUGCAGACUCUUGGCAAGUUGUGACCAAGAGACAGGCUUCUGAUAAACUUCAUGGACAGACCUUCGGUGUGCUGAAGGUCAGGGCAGAUAUGGCUUAUCUGACUGCAUGAGUGUGGUGGUUUGAAAUCACAAUUUGCACUAAUAAGGCUCUUUUCUCCUUCCUUCUCUCCCUCCCAAGUAAGGUUCUAGCUUCUUCUCUAAAUAUAUUGGCCCUGACUAUGGAAAGCAAGUGGGGAAUGUUUGUCACUAACUCUUGCUGAAGAUCACAGGUUAUUUGUGAUCCCACCUACAGCUGCCUGUCAGUAUCCAUUCUGGAUUUCUGUCACCCCUUCACACAAUGCCUUCAAGGCUGGGAUAUCUCCCACUUUCCACUGGAGGUUCAUUAGAGUGCUUGUCCUCUCCAAUAACAGCAAUGAACCUAUAGCAUGACCACAAAUAACAACAAAUGCAAGAAUGAGGAACCUGAGAGGAAGGGAGGGCAAUUUCCAUGUGUGCCUUUCUCUGUCAGGUUAAAUAGACCUAGAGCAAUGGACCUUACCCAGAAAGUUCAGGCAAAUCCUACUUUUCACCUCAUACAUUUUUAAGUGACAUUUUUUUCUGACAGCAGGAUGUCAGACCAGUCUGAGUUAAUGGGAAUGUGAGAAGGACUUAGCUCCUCCUUUGCUAGUGAGUUCAGGACUUUCAGUCUCACAGAAACCUGUUUUAAAGUGUGGCAAGUGUGCGUAGAUGCCAGCUCUGACUCCACGGCAUGUCAGAGGGUGAUUUCUUGUUUUUCUGCAUGUGCAAUGCUCUUGCAGUCUCUAUCCUGCUGUCCCAUGGACAAAGAGCAGGCAGAGGUCUGGACCUGUUUUGGUCCAAGGCCUGCUGUGAGUGCAGCAACAGCUGGGAGAGCUCAAAUUGUGACUUGUCAUGCGCUUCAGAGGUAAGUGCCCAUAUGUAAGUGUUGUAUGGAGAAGAGCUGUCUCUCAACACUUCAGCCCUGUCAGAGGAGGGAAGAGACCUUCCUGGGCCUCACACCUGGUCUGAAUUUUACAUUGACCUAUUUCUUCACAGUCAGCAGUUUUUCUGGCUCUGACAUGCCACUUCUUUUUUCCCAUAUCCCCUACAUCAGAGAUCUACCACAUAAAACAAUAAGGAUAGUGUACAUGGCAACCAAGUACAAUUAACUCAAGGGGAAGUAUACAGCUUUCUGCGGCUGUAUGGAAGGGAUGGAGGAAAAAGAGCCCUUCUCUGCCUCUCAAAUGAACUGAGCACCAAAAGUUCCCUCAAAACUGUCCUGCUAGUGCCAGCUCUCCCCUCUGGAAAGAGUAGCUCUAAAUCUGAGAGAGGAGUUCUUUCCUCCUCUGUUCACUGCAUCCUUACUUAAAAGGGUUCCCAAGAAAAAUAAUUUGUUAUGGGAAGAUGGGAGCAGAUUUGGAGUACAAGUCAUUCAGUGGGUAGUGAGGGAGGGAAAAGAAGAAAAAAGACCCUCUUAUUCACCCCUUCCCCAUCAAUCACCCUCAAGUUUUUGAGUACUUAUCCUCCUACAACCUUCUGCAGAAUUAACACAGGAAGAAUAUUUCCUUUAAGAUCAAACCACUUCCCAAAUCUGACGCGUUUUCUGAAUCAGGAACUUCCUUUUUUUCCUCUGUUAUCAGAGUAUUUCACGCAAAAUCCCAAAGUACUAUCAGUCUCUUACUGCCCAUUUCAGUCCCUUCAAACACCCACACACAGACGCUCCCACCCCAAAAAGGCUGCUGGCAAUGGAAAUGCAUUUGUGGGUUUGCAUUUCAGAAGUAGUCAAAGAGCCUCUGUGAGCUCCUAGCAGUAUGCACAUACAGUUUCCUUCACUGAUGUGAGCUCAUGAGAUGUGACCUGAGGGACGAGGAGAGGAAGGGCGGAGUCACAGGGCAACCCGCCCCUCUAAUGCUGCUACGAUUUUGAUCACUGACUACAAGUCGCUUCAGUUCUGUGAAGCAUCUGAACGAGCAGAAGGCAAGGAGGAACGGCACUCGUGUGGAAAAUACACUGGGCUUUUCGGGAUGGACUUUUGUCCUGCUGAGCCAUCUGACUUGAGCGAGGCUGAAGAAGCUGAAAUAGAGACAAUCAGGCAGCACAGAGAGGAGCUUCUGAAGGACAUUAAGAAGCUGAAAGAAGAGAUUGCUGAAGUGUUUGCAGAGAUAGAGCACUUCCAAAAUGCAGAGGAGAGGCGAGAGGCAGACCUUAUCCCUGGAGAACACACCAGCACACUAUCACAGAAGGAUAAACUUCUGUCCCUGGGCCGGAAGAAGUUCAACAUGGACCCUGAAAAGGGGAUCCAGUACCUGAUAGAGCACCAGCUGUUGUCUUCAGACCUUCGGGAGAUAGCCAAAUUCCUCCACAAGGGCGAAGGCCUGAACAAGACAGCCAUUGGGGAUUAUCUGGGUGGGAGGGAUCCCACAAACAUUCAGAUCCUCCAAGCCUUUGUGGCAUGUCACCAGUUUGCCAACCUCAACCUGGUGCAGGCACUGAGACAGUUCCUGUGGAGCUUCCGGCUGCCUGGGGAGGCACAGAAGAUUGACCGGAUGAUGGAGGCCUUUGCCAACUGGUACUGCAAGUGUAACCCAGGAGUAUUCCAAUCCACAGAUACCUGCUAUGUACUUUCCUUCUCCAUCAUCAUGCUUAACACCAGCCUGCACAACCCCAACGUGAAAGACAAACCCCCUUUUGAGAGGUUUGUAUCCAUCAACCGAGGCAUUGACAAUGGAGGUGACCUGCCAGAAGAGCUCUUAAGGAGUCUGUUUGAGAGCAUAAAGAACGAGCCUUUCUCCAUACCAGAAGAUGAUGGAAAUGAUCUCACACAUACUUUCUUCAACCCUAGCCGUGAGGGCUGGCUCCUGAAACUAGGAGGACGUGUGAAAACCUGGAAACGUCGUUGGUUCAUUCUGACUGAUAACUGCCUGUACUACUUCGAAUAUACUACAGACAAAGAGCCUCUGGGCAUUAUCCCCCUGGAGAACCUAUCAGUCCGGAAGGUAGAUGAUCCCAAAAAGCCUAAUUGCUUUGAGCUCUUCAAUCCCAACUGUAAAGGGCAGAAGAUCAAAGCCUGCAAAACAGAUGGGGAUGGGAAGGUGGUUGAGGGCAAGCAUCAAUCCUACAAGAUCUCAGCAGCCACGCCAGCAGAACGUGAUGAGUGGAUUGAGGCAAUACGGACCAGCAUCACACAGGAUCCUUUCUAUGAUCUCGUCUCAGCCCGUAAGAAAAAGAUUGCCAACAAAAACUGAGCCCUGACCUGCAGGAACAUGCAGUUGAGCAGCUUCCCUCCCAUGCUGGGCUCUACCAGUGAAGAAAUUUGGGAGUAUUGGCACCCUCUGCCUCCCACUUGGCAGGGGGAUGAUUGACAGAACAACUUGCCAGAUCUGCUUCUUCCCUUUCCAAACAGAAGGCAGAUGCACAGGGUGCACUCCACUGAGGAUUGUCAGAGCUGUGGGCAUGGCUUCUCCCACGUUCUAACAUGCACUUGACUGCAAGAUGGCAUUUGGAUUCUCCCAUACAGCUGCCAGGCAUGUAGGACAAGAUCUGAAGAGAGACCAGAAUGUCUCCAGAAUGUCUCCGUCCCCCAGCCAUUCCCUCCAGACGCCAAACCAGGCCUGGAUGUUGUUCUGUGAGGAACUAUGCAGAUGCUUUCUAGGCAGCCAAGCAUGGUUUAGUUAGUUGCAGAAUAAAAAAGCGCCAGUGGUUUCUCUUCUAUGAACAGAUGUGCUCUGAGGGUGGAGAAGGGAUACUGACAUUUAAGAACCACAGUGUGAAACUGGAGGCCAAAGAAAGAUAAUAAAACUUCUAUU